CAACUCGACUCAUACCUUCCCAAAACAACCUUCAAGUCAUGGAAAAUGAUAACGCAGGCCACCCGCCAGCUUUGACUCGUGCCCAGGAACAGCAAAUCAUGGUCUCCACCCUCAUGCACGUAAUCAACGGCGAACGACCUUCCUUGUCAGUGUUUGCUUCAAGUGACAAUGUCUUUAAUUUCAGCGACACGUACGUUCCAGUGCAACUCAACGGUAAUCAUGAGUAUUUCGACAGCAUUUUCCCGCCAAGCCAACAACGACAUCAACAGCAACAACUGCCGCCCAGGGUGCCGUCAAACAGGAGAAACAACAGGACGCAUUACAGGGGAGUAAGGCAGAGGCCGUGGGGGAAAUGGGCGGCGGAGAUUCGAGACCCGAUACGGGCUGUUAGGGUUUGGCUGGGGACGUUCGACACUGCGGAAGCUGCUGCCAGGGCUUAUGACAGGGCGGCUGUCGGGUUCCGUGGAGAUAAAGCAAAGGUCAAUUUCCCACUGUCAGAUUACAAAAAGGAACGAGAAGAGGAAGAAGAAGAAGAAGAAAAGAAAAAAAUUCCAGAAGAGAAAGAUAAGAGCCAUGAAGAAAAAGGACAGACUAGUAAAGAAAAUGAUGAUGAAGAAUGGCAAAUAUUUUCAGAUGAAGAGUUUAGGGAGCUAAUGAUGAUGGAUUAACCUAGGAUUGGUAGUUGUCGGGUCGGGGGAUUAGCACAAUCAGAUGACAGGUGAGGAUCAAAGCAAGGAGUGGGUAGAGAAGGCUGCUGCCGUAGAAGGAGUUGCACCACCGGAGACCAAUUAUAGUUGGGAUCUGCUGGAAGAGGCAUUGGUGAAAUAGAAAAGAAAGGUGGAACCUGUUUCUUCCCGAUCCUCAUUGAUGAGAGAUUAAAUUUUCUUUUGACUUUCUCUCAGAAACAAAGAUCAAAGAAACCCAAACAGAAGCUGAAGAAACCAAGCAAAAAACACAAAGAAAAUUACCAAGGAGAAUAAGGAAGUGAUCUUUCAAGACAAAGGGAUUAGAUUUUGCUAUGAGAUCAGUAUCAGAGAGAAGGAAAAUAAAGAGAAGAUAAAACCCAAAUACUUCCUGUAAUUGAUUUGCGAGAGCGAAAGAGGAAGAAAAAAAUUAAAACAAAAUAAAUUUAAUUAAUAAUUAAAAAUAGACACUUGACAUCUUGUGAAAGCUGACGCACGAAUUGGAGACAGGAUUUGGAUUCACUGGGGCUUUACUGCCUGGGAUUCUCACACUUGUCAAUGAAGGAAAUGAUGUACGGAUAAGGUGUGGUGUUCAAAACGCGAUGCUCGUCUACUGCUUUGACUCGUUGGUCAAAAUACCCGCUAACGCAUUUUAUUCAAUUUAAUUGUUAUGCUCGAAUUAGAAGUAAUUUAAUUUUUUAAUUUUAAAAAUUAUUUUAAUUUAAUUUUUUUUAAUAAUAUCUAAUUUAGUCGUUAAAAAAGAUAACAUGGCACUAACAGUUAAGGUAGAUGGCACCUCUAUUCAAUAGACCAAAAAAUUUAUCAUUAUACACAAAUCUUUAGUUUUAAUAAUUUAUUAUUUUUAUUUUUUUAAAAAAAUUAAUUUAUCUUGAAAUCAUUUUAUCUCUUAAAAAAAAAAGACUUGACAACAUUUUAAUAUAUCAUACGAUAACCUUCUAACAUGUUAUAUCAUUUUAAUAAAAUAAUUUGAUAUUA